UACCUUUAUUUCCCCUCGCUUUAUAWAUGCAAAACUUUUCAUUGGAGGAGCCAACAAAAUGAAACAAAAGAACUGACAGCUCGUUGUUUUUCUUGUCCGUCUCCAGGAUCAAUCAUGUCUGUUUUACUGAGGAGGGUGAGGCGCGCGGACGCAGCUGCUGCCUCUGUGCUGCAACGGGCAGAUUUCUGCACUGACUCAGAGAUCCGGUCUCUGACCCGAGAAGACCUGCACGAGCUGUUUCCUGGACCUGAGAAGCUGAAGCUGAGGAGGACCAUCUUUGGAAUAAUACACAAAAGAAAACCCAUUAAAGUGCUUUUGAAAGAACUCCAGGGUUUCAUCCCACAUGAUUCUCUCAGAGCUGCUCUAACCAACAGUGGAGUCCUGGUUGACUACCUCCACAUCCUGAAGGACGUGAAGACUCAGCUGAACCAUGUGCAGAGUUUCAUUGAAGCUCAUAUUGGUUUAUUGGAGGACAUUGACAAAGCUCAGCCAGACCAGCUACGAGACCAAGGUGUUUUAAAAAGAACAAGCACCUCAGCAUCCUGCGCUCCGAUGGAUCUCUACAACAGUCCAGGAGAUGUGUAUCCUUACAGAGCUCAAGGUGAUGAGCCCGUCAUUUUGGUGUCGAUGCAUCACACUCUUGAGGUCAYGCACACGAAGCUGAGACGAACGUGGUCCGCUUACUCAAACAUUGUGCUGCACGUGGACGUUUUCUACCACGAGACGGAGCGUGGAUUGCUGAGGUGUCAGGAGAACAGUGCUGCUGUCUCUUGGAUACAGAAUAAAUUACUGGAGUACAGCAUUCCAAGAACUAAAUAUGUGAAUGGGGAAGGUAAUGAUGCUGACAAAGACCGGGGCUCCCAUCCUGACAGUGAGAUUGGUUUUAGGUUGUUCAGCAGUGGAAGUAGCAGCAGCAGCACUUGCAGCAGUGAUAGUUGUAGUAAAAGUAUUUGGGGGCCGGGCGAGUAGAAGUUGUUGUGAUGUUGUGUCAAAUCAAGUGUUGCCACUCUAUUUUUUAUAAUGUUUUAAAGUAAAUAUAUUUUAUUAGUUCAAUUUGUUAUGCUUGUUUGUUAGUGAUGUAUCAUUAUCUGACAUCUUAAAAGUAGCAUAACAUUUUGCUGUUGUGUUGUAUUUUGUAUUUUUAAUAACAGGUAAAUAUAUAAGUAGAUUUAUCCUCAUUUAAUUUUGAUUUAUUUGAAUAAAACAUGAUUCUGAUUGAAAAGACAAAA